GUCCAGUCGUAUGGAAAAUGACGAUGGCUCCUCUGCACAACGCAGUCAGUUCAUUCGCCCAACUGCCUCGAUACCUCUGCCCCAGCUCAAGGCAGAAUUGCCUUAUGCAUCACGCUCUGAACGAUGGAAAAGAGUAAAUCUAUCACAUGCUUUAUAUGAGACUUGGGAUAGAGUGCAGGUGCUCGGGGAUGAGGACUCUGGGCAUACGGGAUGCGUCAAUGCGUUGAGUUGGGUGCAAGGUGGAGAUGUCUUGCUGAGCGGUGGUGAUGACAGGACUGUUCGGUUCUGGCGAAUGGACCCUACUGACUCGUCGCAAGACUACCCGUUUAUAUGCACCGCUGUAAUCAAAACCGGUCACAGAGGCAAUAUAUUCAACAACCAGAUGCUCCCAUUUUCCUCGCGAAUCGCGACUGUUUCAGGAGAUAGCCAAGUACGGGUAUUUGAUAUCACGAACGCAACUGGUCAUGCAACAUCCAGAGGGCCCGAAACAGAAUAUAACACGCACGAAGCGUGCAUCUGUGUUCUCCGCUGCCACCGAGGUGCUACGAAGAGGAUAGUGACGGAAGAGAGUCCAGACACAUUUCUUACGGUAUCAGAGGACGGCACUGUGCGGCAACACGAUUUACGACACCCGCAUGUCUGUGGCUCGGAUUCCUGUCCACCGCCGUUGAUCAAAGUGCCACAUGACCUGUACUCUAUUGGCGUUUCUCCUCUCACACCCUACCAAUUUGUGGUUGCGGGCGAAUCACCGUACGGCUACCUCUUCGACCGAAGACAAGUCGGGAGAUCGUUGCAAGAAGAGGCAGGAGUACCGGAUGACGGUGAAGAUCUAGCAAGAUGCGUGCGUCGAUUUGCCAGAAAGCCCACACGGGAACAGCGCAAGAGACGGCGGGAGUACAUCUCAGGCGUCCGGAUGGCACAAAACAAUGGACAUGAAGUCCUGAUGACUUACGGUGGAGACGCUGUGUAUCUAUUUUCGACUCUUGACAACCCAGGAACUAACGAUGCCUGGGUGGGCAAACGGACUGGUCGCAGUGUUCUCUCUCCCAACCCAAAAAGAACUCGUCUGAAUGAAGUACGUAGGGAAACGACGGAUACUUCGGAUGAUUGGGAUCUAGAUUCCGACGUGGAAAUGCCGGAAGAUCCUCUACAGCAGAUCGACAGUCCUCAGCCUGCCCAAGAAGAAGCCGUAGCAGAGUCGAACGGAGAAGACGAAGAGGGAGACGACGACGACGACGACGACGACGACGAUGAAGAAGAGCUAGACGUCCACGGAGACGUUCCGAUUAUAUAUCCUCAAAGGCGGUUUGCUGGUCAUUGUAACGUCGAAACCAUAAAAGACGUGAAUUUCCUCGGCCCUGAUGAUGACUUUGUCGUGUCCGGUUCCGACGACGGCAAUUUCUUCGUAUGGACGAAGUCCAUGGGAAAGUUGCAUGGCAUAUACGAAGGCGACGGCAGCGUAGUGAAUGUGGUUGAAGCUCACCCGCAGUUGCCACUUGUCGCUGUCAGCGGCAUUGACACGACGGUCAAACUCUUUGCCCCUGUACACGGAGAGAGCCGGUGGUCCCGUUUCCAGAAUGCAGAAGCUAUAGUGCAACACAACAUGGAUGCCUCACACUCGAGUCGGAGCCAUUUGCGGGUGAACCUGGGUCAGUUGUUGCUUCACUAUAACCUGGCCCUUCGAGAGGAAGGAGGGGGAGCUGAAGAAGCGGGAGAGCCGACUUGUACCUUCCAAUGAACGCCAUGUUCGUCCUUAAUUGCUGACUUACCGUUGUAAUCAUAGUACAUUUUCGAUAAUGUAGUCCUGCAUUCGUGUUACC